AUGAUUGAUGGAAUUUUAUCUUCAUCAACAACUGAUCGUUUAUGGAAAACAGCUUUUGAUCGUCGUGGUGGUACACAAUUUCUUAAUGUAUGCCUAUUUAAAAAAGCUGAUAUGAAAACAUUAGAAGAUAUAAAUGAUGAUGAACAAGAUCUAGACACAGUUUCAUCUAUUGUAAAUACACUUAUCAAUAAAAACUGUUGUUCAAAUUGA